UCUUCCCUUACACAUUCCUCCCGACCCUUCUCGCACCCGUUCCUCAAAAACCUCUAGUACGCAGUCAAAUCAAAGUGCGACCCUCCCCUCCUCACACACACACACACACACACACACAGACGGAGCGCAGCACCGAGACACGGAGCGCCUCUCAGAAGGAUCUUACUUUUUGGAGGGUUUCACAUUGACAUGAUGCCAUAAUGUCCACUACGAAACAUAUUUAUUUGUAAUCCUUUUUCACUUUUUACAACUUAUGCAUCUGGAAACAUAGUUUUUUUCGUUACGGAGAUGGAUCAAGGGCUCGAGAGGAGGCAGUGGACAUCAGCGUGGUCAGCUUUCCGUCUGCUUAUGUGCGUGUGCGCGCUGGACCGCGUGCUCGGGCAGAUCCGCUACUCGGUCCUCGAGGAGCGCGAGCAUGGCGCAUUCGUCGGAAACAUUGGCGAGGACUUGGGCUUGGAUGUCGCGCGCUUGUCUGCACGGCGAUUCCGCAUAGUGUCUGGAGCAAGAAAACAGUAUUUAGAGGUCAAUUUGGAAAACGGGAUUUUGUUUGUGAACGAAAAGAUUGAUCGAGAGGACUUAUGCGAACAGAGUCCGGUUUGUUUCUUGCAUUUACAGGUGGUCAUCGAAAACCCCCUGGAGCUGUACCGGGUUGAAGUGGAAAUCUUAGACGUAAACGACAACGCUCCGAGUUUUCCGUGGAGCGAGUUCAACCUAGAAAUAACCGAGUCUGCCGCGCCGGGAUCACGGUUCCCGCUCGAGAGCGCGCAAGACCUAGACGCUGGAACCAACUCGCUCCGCUCGUACCUGCUAAGCGCAAACCAACACUUUGUGUUGGACGUCCAGACGCGCAACGACGGGAGCAAGUUCGCUGAGCUCGUGCUGGAAUCUCCUUUAGACCGCGAGAAGCAGAAAAUGCACGAAAUGGUUCUAACCGCGGUGGACGGCGGAUCUCCGCUGCGCUCGGGCACUGCACAAAUCAUGGUUACUGUACUGGAUGCGAACGAUAACGUCCCUGUAUUCGACAGAUCGGUUUACCGGGUAAGCCUGGUGGAGAACGCACCGAGAGGAACACUUGUGCUCAAGCUCAACGCCACGGAUUUGGACGAAGGCUCGAACGGCGAGAUUGUCUAUUCAUUCAGUGGCCACGCGCCCUUGAAAGUGCGCGAGCUGUUCAGCGUUGAUUCUUAUUCAGGUGAAAUUCGAGUAAAGGGGAUUGUGGACUAUGAAAAAGCCAGCGUGUACGAGCUUUACGUGCAGGCAAAAGACAAGGGUCCCUCCGCCGUGGCCGUGCACUGUAAAGUGCUUGUCGAUAUAUUGGACGUUAAUGACAAUGCGCCAGAGGUCAUCCUGACCUCUGUCUCCACACCUGUUCAGGAAGACGCGCCUCCGGGGACUGUGAUAGCCGUGAUCAGUGUCAUGGAUCGUGACUCUGGGGAAAACGGAGCGGUAGACUGUCAGAUUCCCAGCCAUGUUCCCUUUAGGCUUCAUUCGUCUUUUAAAAACUAUUACACACUCGCGACUAGUGAAUUUCUGGAUAGAGAGUCGAUAGCCGAAUACAACAUCACUCUGACGGCGCGGGAUUUAGGUACGCCUUUGCUCUCCACCGGGAAAACCAUUCACGUUAUUGUGUCUGACGUUAAUGACAAUCCUCCUCACUUCCUCCAGCCGUCCUACACCGUUUAUGUGACCGAGAAUAACGCACCGGGGGCUUCCAUUUGCUCCGUAAGCGCGGUCGAUCCGGACUCUAACCAGAACGCAUAUCUAUCCUACUCUAUUCUUGAGGGUCAGAUAAGGGGCAUGCCGGUGUCCACGUACGUUUCUAUUAACUCGGACAACGGCAACAUUUACGCUCUUCGCUCCUUCGACUACGAGCAGCUCCGCAACUUUCAGAUUCGAGUUCAGGCGCGGGACGCCGGUUUCCCGCCACUGAGCGGAAACGUGACUGUCAGCGUGUUUGUAUUGGACCAGAACGACAACGCGCCGCUAGUCGUUUCCCCGCUGCCGAGGAACGGCACGGCUGCUACUGAGACUGUUCCGAGGUCGGCGGACGCAGGCUACCUCGUCGCAAAAAUCACAGCGCUGGACGCGGACGCAGGGCAGAACUCUCGCCUCUCGUAUCAAGUGCUGCACGCCACGGACCCGGGACUAUUCAGCAUCGCGCUAUACACUGGUGAAAUUCGGACCAUCCGACGCUUCGUAGACAAAGACGCCACCAGACACAGACUCGUUAUAUUGGUCAAGGACAAUGGGCAACCAUCUCUUUCGGCCACCGUACCCCUCAUUCUGACGCUGGUAGAUGGCGUGCCGGAGUCGCUGUCUGAACUCGAUGACCACGCUCUCAGCCGCCGAGCGCCUUCUAACCUCGCCCUCUAUCUGAUCAUCUCUUUAAGCGUGGUGUCACUCAUCUUCCUGGUAGCCAUAAUCGUACUGGCAGCUCUGAAGUGCUACAAAGACCGGGAUUGUCCUGGAGGUUUCAGCAUGUCCUUUAUCGGUGCUUCGUGCUGCAGUCUCGAAUCCGAGCCGGUACCCGAAUCGUGCAAAAAGUCCAACCUGAAUCUGCAGAUAUCCACCGGGACGAAGGUGCCCACGAACUGUGUAGAGAGCAGUACCGGAACCACAUCUCAGAACUACUGCUACAAGGUGUGUCUGACACCUGAAUCAGCCAAGAGUGACUUCAUGUUCAUGAAGUCCUACAGCCCGAACACGCCGAGAAACAACGCUGCUAAGGAGGCUGAAAAUCUGGCGUGGAGCUCACGCGGUCCUUCGGCGAAUAACGGUGCAACAACCCCUAACGAGUUAAAACAAGACAAUACUAACUGGGCUCUUAACAAGAACCAAACUUCAACUUUGAAAAGUUAUAACUCAAUCAAUAUGGAUGGCACCAUCAUGAGGAAGGUCAUGCAUACUGAUUCUGAGAACUAUGUAAGUCCAGUGGCUGCAGGACAGUACUGGACAUGGGGAUCACGAAUGAGAGAGUGCAAGAAGUCUUCUCCUGCGACAGGCGUCCCUGAGAGAGCAUGGACACCCCGCUACACCCCUACAAAAAAAACUCCCCAACAACAGCAGCCUUCAGGUCAAUCACAAGGUCAACCGCCACCUGACUACCAACACAAUGUCUACAUUCCUGGGACUACAUCUGCACUCUGUACCCUGCGGCCCACUAAUCGCAGUGAGCUAGAUGUCCACAACACCUUCUCAACCUUUGGAAAGAAGCGCAAGUUCAUCUCUCCCGGCAGUUAUGACCCGAGGGUUGAAAUAGGUACUGAGGUCAUCAAUAAUGACCUUUAUAAUGAAUAGUGAAAAAGACUGGAGAAACUACAACAACAUAAGAGAUGUUGGACAGAACAUGUAAAGGACAUGAAAAUGGUGAAACGCAAAAGCAGUGAAACAGAAGAAACUAGAAAAUCUAAAAUAUUAAUUGCAACCAAAGCCGACUCUAUCUAUCCAAAUCAUAGUCCUCUCAUUUUACAGCAACAUUAUGUUUUUGAUAAGGGUAAAAUGCUACACACAAACCCAUUUGGAUUUUGAGACGUGUUUUGAUUUAUAUGUUUCCUGUUGUUAUGUUUGUUACAUAUAAAGCAUAAACCAGAAUUAUAAAUCUUUAAACUACAACAAGGGUUGAAAAGAACUAGUUUAGGGGCACAGAUAAACAACCGAUUUGGAUUAACUAAAUACAUUAUUGUAAAUUAAGGAAGGCUUGAAGUUGGAUUACCAUUUGUGCAUCUAUGUUGGCUUUGUGUUUUCCUUUGUUUUUUUUUGUUUUUUUUUGCAAAAUACAUGAGACAUGCCAGUUCAAGGUUUAAAAUGGUUUUAGAAACACACCUAUAUAAAUAUAAGGUAUAAUUGAGUGUACCAGUAUAAAAGCUCCAGAUCUACUGUGACCAGAGAUAAGAGGUUACCCUUGUAAUGAUGAAUAAAUGGAUACAUUAACAUUUAUUAUAUAAAACAUGAUAUUGAACAGAUGAAUGCUUUGGUUUAUACUGAUCACACUCAGUGUUAAAAUCUUAAGUAUUUAUGGGUUAUUUAAAAGUUCCAUGCUAAGCUUAAGAAAGAAAGUGUUUUUAUUUUUAUUUUUUUUAGAAAGGGCUCAAAACAGAACUAAUACAAGAUAAUAAUUAUCUAUAUAAGCUCUACAAAGUAAACUUAUAAGGAGGUAUUUUUUAUUUAAAGAACGCAAUUUAUUCUUCUGAAUCAUUGGGUGAGCACUUACUGCUCUUUUAUUUAGACAACUUGGUGCAUAGUUCAAAGGUAUAAAGGUCAAAGGUAACAAACAGGAACAAUGACAUGUUGUGACUUACAUUUCCAUACUAUUAUUAUUAUUAUUUUAUUUUAUUUUAUUUUAUUUUUAUUGUUGUUAAAAUUUUUGACAAUCAUAUUAGGUAAACUGUGAGCAUUACAUACCCAUUGGCCACUGUGUGAUUUUUCUGAAACACCAGGCCAUAGCCUUGCAUUGAUUGGUUGCUCAUUUAAAGAGAUGAAUCGAUCUUACAUGAUUAUUGUUCAGUGAACAACAUGUACAAUACUAAUAUGUAUGCAUCCACUGUAAAUGACCCAUGGCAUCUAGUGCUGUAUGUCACUGUAUAAAUUCUGAUAAUAAAGUAUUUUUUCUGAGUAUUAUA